AUGAACCAGAAGAUUCAGAGUUUGACUGAUAUGGGAUUCUCCCCAGAUCAAGCUAAAGAAGCUUUGACCAUGACAAACAAUGAUGUAGAAAAAGCCAUUGGUUUCUUAUUGGGAGAAGUUAGUGAACCUAAUUAUGCUUCCAUUUCUAAAGAUGAUGUGCCUGAUAUCGAAGAAUUAAAGCAUAAGCAAGCUACCAUAUACAAAUCACCUAGUCAAUCACAAGAAUUUGGCCCAGUGAACCAAGGAAAUCAUGGGAAUGACAGUUAUGAACAAGAUACUUACCAUCAAGAGAACGUACCCCCAUCUUUACCAAGUAGAGAUAGAGUCUCAGAAUAUGAUGAUAAUUGGAGUCGACCAAUAUCUUCCCAAGUUUCUAUUAGUGAACAGUCAGAUUCAGAUUCAGAAUUGGCACUACCUCCAUUGAAACCCAGAACUGAAGAUGAACCAAUAGUUAUUUUACUGCCUGAUUCCGGAAGAUUCUCAAAUUGGAUUCCAAUACUUAUUCAAGGAUUAUGUCAAAUUGAUGAAGUUAAAUAUAAACUUCAAAGACCUUUGAAGUCAGAAUUGGGUUCUAAGGUCAAACAAAUUGUCGAUGAAAUGGAUAAUUUGAAUCACAAUUAUACUUUGAAUGACAUUCUUUUAGCUAAUGAGGAUAUGUUAGAUUAUGAUGAAUUUAUAAGUAAAAUCUACGAAGUUAUUAAUGAAUUAUAUGAAGAUGAAUAUGAUGACAAAUUCUUCCAAAGGUUAACAAAGAGUAAAGUACAAAGUUUGAAUGAUGUAGAAAAUGGGGAUGAGACUGAACAUGGUCUUGAAUUAUUCCAAAUUGAUAGUGAUUCCAAAUAUUCCAGUCUUUAUCAUACAUUUAAUGAAAUGUUCUGGGGCAAGAAUUUAGAGACUUUGGGAGAUAUUCAAUUCACUAAAACAGCCGAUAUUAUAACCAUUUUAUACUUAGGAGAUUAUGGAGAUUAUAAUGAUAAACCAAUAAUGCUAACAGAUAUUUUCUAUCCAGAUUAUUAUUCUGAUAAGCAAACACCAAAAAUUAUCGAAAAACACGAGAAGUUUAAACAAUUGGACUCUUAUAAGAAAGAAUUGGCUAACAAAUCAAUGAAAUUGACAGUUUUCCAAGGUAAGAAAAUCAAUAACUUCAUGGAACAAAGUAAGGCAUUCAUUCAAGAUGAUAAAAUUUUAGAAGCAUUGAAUAAUGUUAGUGAGAAAGUGGCAGAAGAGAAAUCAAGGAUUAAUCUGGAAUUAUCUGAAUUGAUUAAAACUCAAAGUGAAACCAAUGUCAAGAAUAGUAAGAGUUAUGAUUUUGAAGGAUUAUCACCUUACAAAUUAAUAAGUGUGAUAAUCAAUGAAUUUGAGUACUUCCAUUAUUUGAAAAAAUCUGAUCAAUGGGUUCAUGUUAACAUAUCUAAGAAUUUGAAUAUCGAUCAAGAAUUCAUUCCUUUUGAAGAAGUUAAUUCCAUUGUACAUCAAAUGAGUUCCCAACAUACUAUUUCACCUUGUUUGGUUUAUUGCAAGCUUGAAAAAUUGAAAGAAUCUUAUUCCCCUACUGUAGAAGAUAAAACUGCCGAAGCUAACUGGGAACUAAAUGAAGAAAACAACCCCAAAUCAGAUAAUGACUCUUCUGACGGACCUCCAUCAGCUGAUAUGGAAGGCGUUGAAGCAACCCAGGAGAAAAAUAACCUUAUUGAUUUAAGUUAA